GGCAGCUCAGAACAAACCUGAAGAUUCAGACUGAAACUGAAGAUCGUUCUGCUGCAGGUGAGAAUCAUCACGACUCUGACUCUGCUUCUUGUUGCCGUGAUGGCUCUGACCAGAGCUGCUGAUGCUGCAAAACUGACGGAAGCUGAAGAAGUGAAUGUCGUUGAAAAGAGAGGAUUGCUUUGUUCUUCUGGAUGGACUCUGUACGAUUGGCGCUGUUUUCAAUUUGUUCCAAGACCUUUGACCUGGUCUGCUGCUGAGGAAAACUGUAAGUCCAUGAAGGCGCACCUUGCAUCUAUACGUAGUGCUGAGGAGUACCAACAAAUCCAGAAGAUGAUAGCAGAUCAGACUCACGAUUAUCCUACAACAUGGCUUGGAGGCACUGACAGUGUAAAGGAGGGGGAAUGGCUUUGGACUGAUGGCUCACGUUUCUUGUUUUCAUACUGGUGCCAAGGAGAACCGAACAACCAUGGCAACCAGCAUUGUCUUGUAAUGAAUUUCUCAGAAAAGAAAUGCUGGGAUGAUCAGCAGUGCGAUAAGAAGAAACCAUCUGUCUGCGUGACGAGCUGGUCAUUAUUCGACUGAUACAAAAACAUCAAGCAUCUACGCAAAAAGCAGCGUAUUGCAAAUUUAUUCUGUCUUUAUUUCUCUGUUAUUGCUGUAAUGCUGCAUGAAAUGUAAAUCAACAAUUGACAUAGUUGAAUGUCACUUAGGUCCUGUACCUUUAACUCUUAAAACUCCAAGCCUUUUUUUUUUUUUUUUUUUUUUUUUUCUUUGUGUAGAAGCUGAACCCUUUUAAUCCCUGUCAACAUCUUGACAUGAUGUUUUUAGGACCGCCUCAGUUGUCAGAUCAUGAGGUUAAAAUGAUGCUAAAUGAAUGUCUUAAUAGAUAUAGCAGCAUAAAGGCCAGCCAUUAAAAACUAAAAGUGAAAGCAAUGAAAGCAAAAAUGUCCUUUGUU